CUCAGCAUUCAACUCCAGCUCUCGCCGGACGGUGCUGAUUAUCGGGGUUCGCUUCACAUAUUGCAACAACUUUCUGUGUGAACUAUCACCGGAUUAUUUGGGAUAUUUUGGUCCACUUUUUACGCAUGGCAACAUCGGUGACAUUCCAGGAGUGACAGCUGACGCGCAAAGUCAAUUCUGAGACUCAGUGAAAGAUCAUUAAAGCUGUCUGCAGUGCUCGUCUUCCGAAGGCAUGUUUUCCAAGGCCACUGCCAACUUAGUCCAUGAGAUUGACCCCGAUGGACUCCUCAUCCACGUGUCCCGAGUAAAUGACUCACACAAACUGGUUCCCAUGGCACUCGUGAUCAAACGCAAGCGCUGGUUCUGGCAGAGACCCAAGUAUCAACCUACAGAUUUCACCCUCAGCGACCUGUUGCUGGGAAACAAGGAGCUCACACCUGGAGUGUCUGAGUCAGAAUUCCUGACCUACAAGGGGACAUAUGGAUCUACUUUUGAUAGUGAGCUGGGCCCAGAAGCCGGCUCUGCCAGUGUCAAACUGGAGGGGCGGGGCACCACCAAGCUCCAGUCAUGUUUUGGGAAGCUGAAGAAGGAGGAAGUGGAUGUGAAGAAGCUACUACUUGACUCUAGCAACAGGUCAGUGGACAUGCAGCAUGUGCUGGUUCAGCAGCUGGAGAAGCGGGCCGAAGUGGUGGCACUAGUGAAGGAGAGGAUUUUCACCACCAGCCCCUGCUCCAUCACCCAGACAAAAGUGGAGGAGUGCACCUUUCAGGGGGUGCUCGGGCUGGUGGGCAUGCUGGGGAGCUCUGUUAAGGUGUGUGUGAAGGAUAGCAACAGCAUUGAGGUUGACAGCGAUGUUGCCAUGGAGAUCCCCUCUGGUACAGUCAUCGCGUACAGCAUCCUGGAACUGGAGAUUAAAAAAGACGGACAAUAUCAUUUAUGUCUAAAGCCUGGCACAAUAGGAGGCUUCGAGUCAGACUCCAUCUCGAUGUCCUUGCAUUCCGAGGAUUCCUUUAGCGCAGUGGAUGGAAAGUGCAAUAAGCAGCAGGAUCCACAGAAAGUCCCCCUGAUUGCCCUUCAUAAUGAAACGCAGGAAAAAGACCUUUCUCCUCUGGCAGAGCUCCCCCAGUCAACCCGAUGGCCGUUGUUCAAGAAGCUCCAAGAAACUCUGAAGGACAGACCUGCUCUGUCAUAUCUGCAGCUUGUGCUGGAGGAUUUGUGUCGCAAUGGAAAGCACAAUGGGACCACAAAAGAAGAGCAAGCCAGCGCAGAGAGUCACACUGAAAGCACCCUAAAUGCAGCACACCUGUUGGUCAGUGCCCUGGAAGAGUUGCCCGAUGAAACUCUGGAACUUCUGAGCAAGAGCUGUCCAGAUUUUCUGCAGGCCUUCAACACACUGGUAUGCAGAUUCAAGAAGAGCAGCUGCAAUGCUCUCUCCAUUCAGUCUCUCCCAGCCCUGCUGCAGGAUAACCAGGCCUUUCAGCUGGCAGAACAGCUGCUUUGCUCUGCCGGUGUGAAGCUGAGGAGAGACGCUGACCAGCUGUGGAUAGAAAGCAGAGAUAACGUGGGAGUCCUCCCAGUGGUCCUCUUUCUCAGCGUCCAUGGAUUGCAUUUGCUCUGCAAUGCACUGCAAUAGUUUUAGCGUCUGAAUGUGCACUCCCUGCACCAUUUCUUUCUUUAUUGUAAAGUUCUAUUACAUACAAGCGUUCCAUAGUUUUUUACGAGGCUUCUUUAUAUUAUUAGCAUUACUGCUUUUUUAAAUAUCGUUUUAUAUUUGUUACACUGCAGAAGAAAACUUAUUUUUCCUAAAUAUAUUUUUAUUAUUUAAAGCAAACAUUGCUAAACCUGCAUUUAAAAAACAAUUUCUCAACUCAAAAAAUGUUUACAUGAUUUUAAGCUUUUUGGUUAACAUAAAAAAGUGAAGCUUGAUGCAUACCAAUGGUAUGCGAUAUAAAUAACCUUUCUGCAUCUAUGCGUUGAAAGCCAUGUUAAAUGCCGAUUCUUGCCAGGAUUUUUAUUUUUACUGGUACCGGUUCGUAUUGCUGCUCUUGUUAAUACUAUUAAACUUGUUUUCUUUCUUUCUUUCUUUCUUUUAUUUAUGAAGAAAGCUUUAUUUUAAUAAUUCUGCUGAAGACUAGACUUUGAUAAAACAAUCUGCACUGUGUUAAAAAGCAGUAUUGACUUUUGAUAAAAAAAAAAAAGUUUUUGUACGAGCAUUGAGUUUUUAUGACAUUCCUUUUGUCCUGAUUUUACUGCUACUUUGUUUCUGUUUUAUUGUUAAGAAACACUAUAUUAAUAAGCUCUGCAUG